AUGCAUCGAGGCAUUGGGGGAAGCGGCCUGUCGGCGCUUGCCCUGGUUGCGUCUAGGCAGGGAUGGAAAGUGACUGGCUCAGAUCUGGCUGAGAGUCAGAUGCUUAUCAGCGUGAGGGAGGCUGGCAUCACUGCGCAUGUGGGUCAUUCUGCAGACCACAUUACAGAUGCAGCACGUCCUGAUGUGGUGGUCGUCUCUAGCGCCAUCCCUGAUGAAAACCCCGAAAUCAAAAGGGCCAAAGAGCUGGGAGUCCAAGUAUGCAAGCGCAGUGAGUGGCUGGGCCUUCUUACAGCGCCGUACAAGCUGCUGGCCGUUGCAGGGAGUCACGGCAAGACGUCGACCAGUGCCAUGCUGGCAGUUGCUUUGAGGAGCCUGGGCAAGGACGUGACAGCGGUCAUUGGAGGAGAGGUGUUCCAGUUUCCAAAUGAAGCGAAUGCAGUGAUUGGCAGCAGCGACGUCUUCGUUCUUGAGUCCGACGAGUAUGACGGUGCGUUUCUGGACCUGCGGCCUCGGAUUGCGGUGGUCACAAACGUGGAGUGGGAGCACGUGGACAUCUUCCCGGACGAGGAGUCUGUCCGCACAAUCUUCAGGAGUUUCGUUCAAACGCUGAGGCCUGGAGGCGUCCUUCUUCUGUGCAAUGAAAACCCGGGCUCCCAAACUCUUCUCGACGCAUACCUUGACGACCGGCCCUCCCUGCGCCGUCAGAUCUUCACCUACGGGCUGGGGCCUUCAUCCGACUUCCGGGCUGAGGAGCUGCGGGCCAAUGCGCGCGGCGGCACCAACUUCGCGGUGACCUACUGCGGACGGCCCCUCGCUGACGUCAGCCUCGGCUUCGCCGGCACACACAUGGUGCUCAACGCUCUGGCGGUGCUGGCUUUGGUAGUUCUUCAUAUCAACGAGGCCCGGCCACGCUCCGCCCACGCGCGUCUGGACACCUCUGUGGUGCGGGCGGCUCGGCAGGCGGCCCAGGCGCUUGGCACCUUCCAAGGUGUGAAAAGGCGCUUCGAGCUGGUCGGGGAGGUCCCGGGUUUGAAGGUUUAUGACGACUACGCGCACCACCCGACGGAGGUUCGGGCAACUUUGCAAGCGGCCAGGCAAAAGUUCCCCAACAAGAAAAUAUGGGUCGUCUUCCAACCGCAUACUUACAGCCGCUUGGCCAAACUGCUCCCUGACUUCGCCCCCGCAUUCACCCAAGCUGACCGGGUGAUCGUUACUGAGGUUUACUCUGCCCGAGAGAAGAACGUCUUUGGCGUGUCGGGCAAGGAUCUGGCGACUUCCAUCAAGGGUGUCAGGGCGACAUUCAUUGCAGAGCUGGAUGACGUCGUUCAACGACUUGCCAGCGAUGUUCUCAAUCGGGACCUUGACGAGGAUAAUAUUAUUCUGCUUAAUCUAGGAGCCGGAGACAUCACAAGGGUCGGUCCUCGUGUAUUGAGUGACUUGACGCGGAGUCUACGAUUAGGUUAAGGCAGCCAAAUUCGGGCGAAGCGCAAUCUUGCAACAUCAACGAUCACCUGUGGUCAAAGAUAAUUGCGCUCACAGGAGUUCGCGUAUACCACCCUGAAACAGAGAAACAAGACGAUAGAGCAUAGGCUAUUGAUCCCGAGAAUGAUGGGAGCACUAGCGAUCAGAAGUUACGGAUUGACCUUCGCAAUCGGCUUUCGAAUGUGAGCUGCACACGCCCCUCUACACUGCAUGCAGCUAAUGCUGAUUCGUUUUGGCA